CAUUGUGGGCCCAGCCAGCCUCUCUCGUAGCCUCGUUCUCGCAGUCUCGGCUCCGCUCUCCGCGCACGCGCCCCGCGCCCCCUUGCCAUGGCCUCAGGCUCGCCAGUAAAGCGACCCCGCAUGGAGUCGGCGCUCGAGCAGCUGCGGCGCUUCACCACCGUGGUGGCCGACACGGGCGACUUCCGUGCCAUUGAUGAAUAUAAGCCUCAGGAUGCCACCACCAAUCCCUCCCUGAUCCUGGCCGCGGCCCAGAUGCCAGCCUACCAGGACCUAGUAGAAGAUGCCAUCGCAUAUGGAAAAAAACUUGGGGGGUCCCAGGACCAACAGAUCCAGAAUGCCAGUGACAAGCUGUUUGUGUUAUUUGGGGCCGAGAUUCUGAAGAAGAUUCCAGGCCGGGUCUCCACAGAAGUCGAUGCCAGGUUGUCCUUUGACAAGGAAGAAAUGGUCCAAAGGGCCCUUCGCCUCAUCGACCUCUACAAAGAAGCUGGCAUCAGCAAAGAGCGCAUUCUCAUCAAGCUCACCUCCACCUGGGAAGGAAUUCAGGCUGGAAAGAUCCUGGAGGAGCAGCACGGUGUCCACUGCAACAUGACCCUGCUGUUCUCCUUUGCUCAGGCUGUGGCCUGUGCCGAGGCCGGCGUGACCCUCAUCUCCCCGUUUGUUGGGCGCAUCUUGGACUGGCAUGUGGCAAACACAGACAAGAAGUCCUAUGAGCCCCAGGAGGACCCAGGCGUGAAAAGCGUCACCAAAAUCUACAACUACUACAAGAAGUUUGGCUACAAGACGAUUGUGAUGGGUGCGUCCUUCCGCAACGUGGGCGAGAUCAAGGCCCUGACAGGCUGUGACUAUCUCACCAUCUCUCCCAAGCUCCUGGGGGAGCUGCUCAAAGAGAACACCAAGCUCACCCCUGUGCUCAGCAUCCAGGAAGCCCAGGCCAGCAGCCUAGAGAAGGUUCACCUGGAUGAGAAGGCCUUCCGCUGGCACCACAACCAGGACCAGAUGGCCGUGGAGAAGCUGUCCGACGGCAUCCGCAAGUUUGCCGCCGAUGCCGUGAAGCUGGAGAAGAUGCUGCAGGAAAGGAUGUUCGGGGCCGAGAAUGGGAGCUAAGGUGCGGAUGGGUGGACAGAUGGAUGGAUGGACAGACGGCGGGCCGCAAGCUGGGAGUCUGGGCUGAGCUGGCGGAGCUGCCGGUGUCCACGGGACGGAUGCAGCUUUCUGCAAUGAGGCUCAGCUGGUUUGUUCCGGUUUCUGUGUCAGUCUGCCUGAUGCAUUAAAAUGAUUACUUCCCUCUG